AAUCAUUCAGACACUUCCUCCGUGUCUGUUUGACGCUCUUGCUCUUCGCUCAAAUCUCGAACAACUUCAUUCUGAAUCAAUCGCCAUGGCGACUCGCCCUUUGCAGACAAGCAACAAUGUCAACAUCGGGCCAGCGGCAAUGACAGGUGCUGGGAAAACGAUCGAGGAGAUGUACCAGAAGAAGAGCCAGCUCGAGCACAUCCUUCUCAGGCCUGAUACCUACGUUGGUUCAAUCGAGAAACACACUCAGACCCUCUGGGUCUACGAGAACGAUGAGAUGGUCAAUCGCCCUGUGACCUACGUCCCGGGCCUAUACAAGAUCUUUGACGAGAUCUUGGUUAACGCGGCCGAUAACAAGCAGAGGGAUCCGUCGAUGGAUUCCCUCAAGGUUGUCAUCGAUGUUGAGCAGAACUUGAUUAGCGUGUACAACAAUGGGGAUGGGGUUCCUGUGGAGAUCCAUCAGGAGGAGCAGGUGUAUGUGCCCGAACUGAUAUUUGGGCAUUUGCUAACCAGCAGUAACUAUGACGAUAACGUGAAGAAGACGACCGGUGGUCGCAAUGGGUAUGGUGCGAAGCUUACCAAUAUAUUCUCGACAGAGUUCGUGAUCGAGACAGCUGAUGGGAAGCGCCAGAGGAAGUACAAACAGGUAUUUUCCAACAACAUGGGGAAGAAGUCUGAGCCGGCCAUAACAAAAUGCAAAGAGGGUGAAAAUUGGACUAAGGUUUCCUUUAAGCCUGACUUAGAGAAGUUCAAAAUGAGCUAUCUGGAAGAAGAUGUUGUUGCUUUAAUGAAGAAGCGGGUUGUGGACUUAGCUGGGUGUCUUGGAAAGACUGUGAAGGUUGAACUUAACGGGCGCUUGAUUCGAUUAAAAUCGUUCCGUGAUUAUGCUGAUCUCUACCUGAAAUCAGCUGAGAAAUCCAGACCAGUACCCCUUCCAAGGAUUCAUGCAAAAAUAGGUGAUAGGUGGGAAAUCUGUGUGAGUUUAAGUGAUGGACAAUUUCAACAGGUCAGUUUUGUGAACUCUAUUAAUACAAUCAAGGGCGGAACUCAUGUUGAUUACAUUACCAAUCAAAUCACAAAUUAUGUGAUGAACAAAGUUAACAAGAAGAAAAAGGAUGCCAAUGUCAAAGCGCACAAUGUGAAGAAUCAUUUAUGGGUCUUCGUCAAUGCUCUGAUUGACAACCCUGCUUUUGAUUCGCAAACCAAGGAAACUCUUACUACUCGCCAAAAUAGUUUUGGUUCCAAAUGUGAUGUUCCAGAAUCAUUGCUGAAGGAAGUGUCAAAUUCUGGAAUAGUGGACACGCUCUUAUCAUGGGCAGAUUUCAAGCAGAGCAAAGAUCUGAAGAAAUCCGAUGGAACCAAGACCCAGAGAGUUCGCGGAAUUGUAAAGCUUGAGGAUGCUAAUGAUGCAGGAGGAAGAAAUUCCGAUAAGUGUACCUUGAUAUUGACAGAGGGAGACUCUGCCAAGGCUCUUGCGAUGGCUGGGCUCUCUGUCGUGGGUCGUGACCACUAUGGUGUUUUUCCAUUAAGGGGCAAAUUGCUCAAUGUACGAGAGGCAAGCAGCAAGCAGAUAAGUGAGAAUGAAGAAAUUCAAAAUAUCAAGAAGAUUCUUGGGCUGCAGCAGAAUAAGGAGUAUAACAGCGUUAAGUCAUUGAGAUAUGGUCAUUUGAUGAUUAUGGCUGAUCAGGAUCAUGAUGGUUCCCACAUCAAAGGGCUUCUGAUCAACUUCAUUCAUUCUUUCUGGCCUUCAUUGCUUAGAGUUCCAUCUUUCUUGGUUGAAUUCACAACUCCGAUUAUAAGGGCUUUUCACACGAAUGGGACAAAAAUAUCAUUUUAUUCCAUGCCAGAGUUCGAAUCAUGGAAAGAAAGUUUGGGGAAUAAUGCAAAUGGGUGGAAGAUAAAGUACUAUAAGGGUCUGGGAACAAGUUCUCCCCAGGAAGGAAGAGAGUACUUCAGAGAUCUUGAUAAGCACAGGAAAGACUUUGUCUGGGAAGAUGACCAGGAUGGGACUGCAAUUGAGCUGGCAUUUAGUAAGAAAAAAGCAGAAGAUAGGAAGACCUGGAUCCGUAACUUUGAGCCUGGCACUCACCGUGAUCACAUGGCAAAAUAUAUAAACUACAGAGACUUCGUUAACAAAGAGCUCAUAUUGUUCUCAAGGGCGGAUCUUCAAAGGUCCAUUCCUUCAAUGGUUGACGGUCUCAAGCCUGGUCAAAGGAAGAUUCUUUUCUGCUCAUUCAAGAAAAAGUUGUUCAAAGAAAUAAAAGUUGGCCAGUUCAUUGGUUAUGUGUCUGAGCACUCAGCUUACCAUCAUGGUGAGCAGAGUCUUUCUACCACUAUCAUCGGAAUGGCGCAGGAUUUUGUGGGUAGUAACAACAUCAACCUUCUCAAACCAAACGGUCAAUUUGGUACUCGUAACAUGGGUGGCAAAGAUCACGCAAGUGCUAGGUAUAUUUAUACUGAACUCAGUCCAGUAACUCGGUGUCUCUUCGCGGAGGAUGAUGAUAAGCUUCUGGACUAUCUUAAUGAAGACGGGAAGUCAAUUGAACCGAACUGGUACAUGCCAGUCAUACCAAUGGUUCUUGUCAAUGGCAGUGAAGGGAUUGGUACCGGAUGGAGUUCCUUCAUUCCGAAUUAUAACCCAAGAGACAUUAUUGCUAAUGUUAGGCGCUUGUUGAAAGGUGAAGAAGUUGUACCCAUGGAUCCAUGGUACAAAGGGUUUAAAGGAAUCAUUGAGAAAAGUGCCAAGGAAGGUGGGUACAACGUCAAUGGUAUGAUAGAGGAAGUAGAUGAGCAAACUUUCAGGAUCACAGAAUUGCCUAUCCGUAGGUGGACUCAAGAUUAUAAGCAGUUCCUUGAAUCUGUUACUGAUGGGACGCCUAAUGCCAAGGAUACCCUCAUCGAGGAUUUCAGGCAAAAUGGUGAUGACGCUACUGUAAAUAUAGAAAUUAGGUUGAAGCAGGACAAGAUAACGGCUAUCAUGCAGGAAGGCCUGCUAAAGAAGUUAAAACUGACUGGUACUAUUAGCACAAGCAACAUGCACCUUUUUGAUGCAGAGGGGAAGAUUAAGAAAUAUGACACCGCAGAACAAAUUCUCGAGGAGUUCUUUCCGCUGAGGCUGGAGUAUUAUGAGAGAAGAAAGAAAUAUAAAUUAGGCAAUCUUGAACGACUUUUGUUGGUGUUGGAUAAUAAAGUCAGGUUUAUCUUAGGGGUUGUGAGCGGAGAGAUUGUUGUAAGUAACAGAAAGAAGGCUGAUUUGUUGAUGGAGCUGAAGCAGAAAGGUUUCACUCCCAUGCCAAGGAAAGGUAAAUCAGCAGAACCACAAAUUGCUGGGGCAAAUGAUGAAAACUCAGAAGAGCAGGAGAAUGACAGUUCUGGAGAGCAGGAAAAUGGUUCAAAGUCUGCUAGUACUGAAGGAGCAAGUGUUGGUGACUAUGAGUAUCUGUUGUCAAUGUCAAUAGGAACUUUGACCAUUGAAAGUGUUCAGAAGCUACUAAACGAGAAGGAUGAAAAGACUGGGGAGUAUGAGAUUUUGAAAGCAACACCACCAACGUCUAUGUGGUUGACAGAUUUGGAUGAGCUAGAGAAGAAACUUGAUGAUCUGGACAGAAAGGAGGCAGAGGAGGAGCAGAAGAGAUCAAGUCAAGCAAGUAAAAGGACCAGUCGUGCUGUUGGCACAAAAGCUCCCGCUAAGAGGGGACCACGAAAGAACAAUAAGGUCGUUGAGCCAGAGGCUGAAACCAUAUCUACUUCAAUGGACGUUGAGAAACCUGCUGAGAUUGCUAAACCAAAAGGUAGAGGGGGAGCUACCAAGAAAGGUCCUGCUAAGAAUAAGAAGGAUGAUGAGGAUGAUGAUGAAAUGCUAUCCCUUCAAGAACGCCUUGCUGCAUAUAACCUUGGCCCAUCUGGUAGUAAUGAUUCUACAGUCAUGGAAACUGAAGAACCCCAUGUGCCUGCUGCUGGAAAGAAAGAACAUGGCAAAAGGGCUGCUGCGAAAAAGAAGUCCUCAGCUAUUACAGUUUUGGACAGUUCUGAUAGCGAUAAUGAAAAUUUUGGUGGUGACGACGUUGAAGAUGAUGAUUUUGAGUUACAGCAGCAAAUUGCCCCAGAACCAGAAAAAAAGAGACGAGGUAGGAAACCUGCAGCUCAGAGUGGUGCCAAAAAGCCGCCUGCAGCCACCAGGAAGAGAGGUGAUGUAGCAGCCAAAAAGCAAACUCAGAUUCUGGGUCAAAAAUUUAUUAAUGAUAUUUUGAAGCCAACAGCUGAUAGUUCAGGGAUCUCGCCGGAGAAGAAAGUAAGAAAGAUGAGAGAAUCCCCAUUUAACAAGAAAAGUGGUUCCAUGCUGGCCAAGGUUUCGAACAAAGAUGAAACUGAAAGUGAAGAACAGUCUGGUUCUGCUUCCACGUCGCCUGGUCUGGAUGAGGUAGUUGAAGUUGCACCAGCACCAAGAGCUAGACCUCAGAGGGUUAUUCGCAGGCCCAAAACAUAUGUAUUGAGUGAAACCGAAAGUGAUGAGCCUGAAGAUGACGACGACGACGAUGUUGAGGCUAUUGAGGAUUCUGACUUUGACGGAGAAGAUAGUUCUUGAGCAUCUUGCUCCAAGCAUGCCAGUCUUUUUUUUUUGUUUGUUUGUUUUUUUAAAACCAGGUUAAGAACAUUGUAAUUAAUAAAGCAUGAGAUUUGGCGACAAAUUUUACAUGAUUGUAAUUACAUGACUCAACUGAAAUGAUUCUUAGCCCUUUCCUAACUCUGCAGUUGACAUUUAGGUCAAAUUAUUUCUCUGCUGA